AAAAAAAAAAAAAGUAAAAAAAAAGGGAAAAAACCCUCUUCCUGUAAUUUACGGUAGGGGCGUGAAGAGGGUUGCGCUUAAAGCGACCAAGGGAAGUUUAGAAACAAAAAUAUUUGCUUUUUGUAUGUUUUAAGCCGGUGUGGAUUCACGUUUUUUGUGUCGAUAAAAAUGGGAAAUUGCCACACCGUUGGACCGAACGAGGCCCUCGUUGUUUCAGGUGGCUGCUGUGGUUCGGAUCAGAAGACGUAUGUCGUGGGGGGCUGGGCUUGGGCCUGGUGGCUCAUCUCUGACAUCCAGAGAAUGUCUCUGGAGAUUAUGACCAUCCUCUGUCGCUGUGAGAAUAUCGAAACCUCGGAGGGUGUUCCCCUGGCUGUGACAGGGGUGGCUCAGGUGAAGGUGAUGACGGAAAACGAACUGCUGGGUUUCGCCUGUGAACAGUUCCUGGGAAAGACCGUGAUGGAGAUCAAGAGCGUCAUCCUGCAGACCCUGGAGGGUCACCUGCGCGCCAUCCUUGGUACCCUCACAGUUGAACAGAUUUACCAGGACAGAGACAAGUUUGCGUCUCUGGUGAGGGAGGUGGCUGCUCCCGAUGUCGGCCGAAUGGGCAUCGAGAUCCUCAGCUUCACCAUCAAGGAUGUUUACGAUAAAGUGGAAUACCUGAGCUCCCUGGGGAAAACGCAGACGGCUGCAGUGCAGAGGGACGCAGACAUCGGUGUGGCGGAGGCAGAGAGGGAUGCAGGCAUCAGGGAAGCCGAGUGUAAGAAACAAAUGAUGGACGUCAAGUUCGUCGCAGACACAAAGAUGGCCGACUCCAAACGAGAGCUGGAGAUGCAGAAAGCCUCCUUCAACCAGGAAGUGAACACAAAGAAAGCAGAGGCUCAGCUGGCGUAUGAGCUGCAGGCGGCCAAGGAGCAGCAGAAGAUCCGUCUGGAGGAGAUCGAGAUCGAGGUGGUGCAGAGGAAGAAGCAGAUCACCAUCGAGGAGAAGGAGAUCGAUCGAACCGAAAAGGAGCUCAUUGCAACCGUGAGGAGACCUGCAGAGGCCGAAGCCUACAAGAUGCAACAGCUGGCCGAGGGACAGAAGAUAAAGAGGGUGCUGACGGCGCAGGCGGAAGCUGAGAAGAUCCGCUGCAUUGGUGAGGCUGAAGCAGCUUCUAUUGAAGCUGUGGGCAAAGCAGAGGCUGAGAAGAUGAGGCUGAAGGCUGAAGCCUACCAGCAGUACGGAGAAGCUGCCAAGACGGCGCUGGUGCUGGACGCUCUACCUAAGAUCACCAGUAAGGUGGCUGCUCCUCUGGCCAAAACCAGCGAGAUCGUCAUCCUGAGUGGCGAAGGCAGCCGCGUGACCGGAGAGGUGAAUCGACUUCUAGCUGAACUCCCCGUCUCCAUCAACGCCCUCACCGGGGUAGAUCUGACCAAGAUCCCUCUGCUCCAGAAGAUGACCGGCCCACAAUGCCAAGCGGCUGUGUGAUGUAUGAGACAAUAAGGCCUCAAGCAUGAAGAGGCUUCUCAGUCAGAUAAUCCCUCGUUGCAACUGCCUUCAACCAGAAACACUUGACACCGACCAAGAGGUUUUUUUUUGUUUUCAGACUAUUUCUAAGCGAAUUUUAGUUUUGUAUAGGAAAAAGAAAUAUUCGCAUCAAGCUGUAUCUUAGCUUGGUUUCAGUUCGUCCUUAUCCUCCUUAGCUAAGAUGCUACUGUUUAUUCACUUCUACAUGGUAUCCAAAACAGAGCAGAGUGUGUUGCUUAAAGAUCCAGAGAUGUAUUGUGUAUUCCAGUCCAGAUUAGGGGCAGAUUCCUGCUGGAGUCAAAGACUUUCCAAGUCGGGCGUUGAGCCGCUGUUCCACCUCUGGAAGCUGUGCAGUGACGCAGCUGCUGCCUCUUCCUGUCUGUCGUUACAGAUGAGUUCCUAACUCUGACUGAUCUCUUCCUCUGAGUGUAGCUGUAAGAGGUGGAUUUCUGAAUCAGCUGUACGAUGAUCCUCACUGCAGUUUAUCAUGUUGCCCGUCUGUUUCCGAUGUCCAGUGCCUGUUCAAACCUUCAUGCACUAAUUUGGAUUUAUGCCUGUCAAACAUGGCUACAGUAAAUCUGGUGUUUGUUUGUUUUUUUCUUUCACUUUUAUCACUCGUUUGAACACAUUUGUACCUGCGAAGCGAGAAGAAAGCCAUACAUAGCCUUAAAGGAGACCCUGGAUCUCAGCUGGGGCUGUCGAAACCUUUUCUAUUACCUCAAAACGUUAGGCUGAUGUUUUAUUUCUCCUCUCUGCUCGUCUUCCUUGUCCGCCCCCCCCUUUGAAGCGGCGUUCACAUCAUGAGUAAUCACAUCGUGAACCCCGCGCGCGUCCUCUUCCAUCCACGCUGACAAAGCAGAAAUUAAAUGACACGAGUUGGAAAACAAGCAUGUGAUCAAUUUGGCAACGCUUCACAUGACAUCUGUGCUUUGUUGCUCUUUUGAUUGGUGGAUCCGAUGAAUGACUGAGUUUGAGCAGCUGGACCCGUAACUAUGAAUUCUAGAGAAAAAGUUUUGGUAUGAAGAAACGGAAUAUGAAUCACCUCCAAUCCCGUUCUUAUUAUUAUGUCAGAC